CGAGCGGCGUCUUUUGUUGUUUUCGAAAAUCCCAUUUUCCGGUUAUUUUGCAUGUUCACGCAUUUCUGAGGAAAAAUGUUGAAAAAUAUAUUGAAAAGUAAUAUAAAAGUGUACCAGAGCCUCUUUUGUAGAGGCAAAGCUGAUCGGAAUGUGCUGAAACUCAUGGACAGGGAAAUUAUACAAGACAUCUUCCCUGACACUGCCAGCGAUGACAUGAGGAACAAGUUCACCAAAGAGACCCAAACUCUCUAUGCCGGCUUCGAUCCCACCGCUGAGAGUCUUCAUGUGGGAAAUUUACUGGUCAUUAUGGGACUCUUACAUUGCCAGAGGAAAGGUCACCAGGCGAUCGCUCUACUGGGUGGAGCAACUGGAAUGAUUGGCGAUCCAUCCGGCAGGAGCACAGAGAGAUCACUGCUGGAUGUGGCCACAGUAGAGAAGAAUCUCUCCAGCAUCGGGAAGCAGAUUGAGAGCGUGUUUGAAAACCAUGCAAAGUACUUCUGGAACGGUGACCAGGAGAGAUUGUUGUCUCCGAAGAUUCUCAACAAUGCUGACUGGUACAGAUCAGUGAAUUUGGUCGACUUCAUCUCCACCAUCGGACGUCACUUCCGAAUGGGUUCAAUGUUGUCACGAUCGUCUGUGCAGGCGCGACUGAACAGUGACGCCGGGAUGAGCUUCACAGAGUUCACUUACCAGAUGUUCCAAGCUUAUGACUGGCUACACCUGCUCAAGGAACACAACUGUCGCUUCCAGCUUGGCGGGGGUGACCAGAUGGGAAAUCUGAAGAGCGGACACGACCUGAUAGGCAGGAUGGACAAGAGACAUGUGUACGGAAUCAUGCUUCCCAUCGUGACUAACGAGGAGGGCGACAAGUAUGGGAAGUCAGGAGGAAAUGCCAUCUGGCUGGAUCCACAGAAAACCUCCCCGUUUGCAUUCUACCAGUUCUUCCUGAGAACUCGAGAUGCAGACGUAGAGCGAUUGCUCAAGUUGUUCACGUUCGUGCCGCUGCGGAAGAUAAAAGAACUCAUGGAUCGCCAUCGAAAUGUCCCCGAAGUCCGGGAGGCGCAGAAGAAGCUGGCGCAGGAAGUUACUCUCCUCAUCCACGGCGAGGAAGGCGUGAAAACGGCUGAGAAUGUCUCCGAGGCACUCUACGGAGGGAAUAUCAAUACACUUGGCGAGCUGAGCUACAGCGAUGUGAAAACCACCUUUCAAGGAGCGACAGUGACUGAACUAAUUAUGGAGCCAGGACUUUCAGUGCUGGACGUGGCUAUGAAGGCGGAAUGUUUUUCCAGCAAAGAGGAUGCCAUGAGAAUCAUAACUGCCGGAGGCUUUCGGAUAAACAAUCAGCGGACGACGAAUAUAGCUGAAGUCCUCUCUCCAGGGAUUCACAUUCUCAAGAACGGGAUCACAUUGCUGAGGGUCGGCAAAAAGAACUACUACGUGGUAAAGUGGGUGUAGAAAUUUCUGUAGCGUAAUAAUAAUUAAAGUAUAAUUGUAAUUCGUUAUGCAGAGC